AAUGAAAGUAAAACGACGUCUUUUCAUUUUUGUCAUUUUAUUUUUCCAGAGAUUUGUUGCCCUUACCCUUACAGCAGAGUGGUAGAUGAGUGCUUCUAUGUGAGUUCUAUCUCACUUAACUGGCCUGAUGCUCGCCAGUAUUGUCAAGGUAUGACAGGUGACUUAGCCUCACCCAGGAACCUCUACGGCCUCAAGUCAUUCAUUAUCAGUACUGCAGGUUAUAUAAAAGCCAUUUUGGGAGGCAAGAACAACACCCCAGGAACCUCUGAGUGGACCUGGAUGGACGGAAGACCAAUCAAUUCAAGUCUCUGGGCGUUUGGUGAACCCAACGACUAUAGUGGAACAGAGAUCUGUGUUGACAUUGAUACUAACAUGCAUCUGAUGCUGAACGAUGAUUCCUGUUUGAAAAUACAGCGAUUUGUCUGUCAAUAUUACUCUCCUAAAUAAGACGGAGAGAAUCAGACGGAGGUGGAGACAGCUGCUCACCUGCUGAUACUCUUUUAAAUAAUUCGGAAAAAACAGACAGACAGGGAGGUGGAGACAGCUGCUCACUUGCUGAUGCUUCCUUUCCAAAUAGUAAAUCCCACAUAAUUUCGCCAAAUUGAAUAAUCCUUAAAUAAUUCUCUCCGAAUAUGUUCAUUACAAACAUUUCAACAAACAUUGUAAAACAUUUGGUAAAAUGGACAGUUUUUUAUAUUAUGAUUUUGUAGUUAUUUAGGUAAAGUUAGACCUACAGUAAAGCACUUUCUGUUUGAAUAUAUACAUUAUAAAAAAAUUAUCUUUAUUCAAGCUAAAAUAAUUUUAAAUACAUUAUGUUAGUUAUACCUUCAUUAUAACUGUAUUCUCGCUGCAGAAAUAAAAAUGCAAAAAAAAAAAAACAGAUUUUUUUU